CAGCCUUCCGUUUCUUCUUUCCUGGAGACCGUAGAGCAUAUUCAUCUCCGGCAACCACAUCUCUCCCGACUUCGUGCAAGUUUCGGCUGGUUGCUUGAACGCAGGUUGGAACCGAGCAGCACGCGAACAUCUUAACGCGUGCGGCGUUCGAACAUCAUUCUUUACCUGCGGCGUCUCGUGUCCCGUCUUCCUUCUGCACGAACGACCAUGGGGAUCUCCUGGAGCAGCGCGUCUACCGCGACGACGAUCCACUACGCGGAGAAGCCUGCGCUCAUACCCGUACGCGAAGAGGGAGAUGCGGCACAGGGCGAGGGGGAACUCGAUCUGCGCACCCUCGUCGAGAAGCGCUGUCCAAGUCUGCACAAACCGUUCGUGCCCGCAUGGUGGUUGCCAAAUGGACAUGCGCAGACGCUUUACUGCGUACUGGGUGACUUUACCAAGUCGGACAAGAUGCGGUAUCGACGUGAGUUCAUCCGCAUGAAGGAAGGCGGCACGGUCGCACUUGACUGGGCACCUAUAGAUCAAGAUUCCCUUCCCGCCGACACACCCAUCAUCGUGGUCAAGCAUGGCUUGACGGGAGGAUCCUACGAGGCCUACGUGCGCUCUAUACUCUACACUGCUACCAAGCCCAAAUCAGAGGGAGGCUUGGGCUAUCGCGCCGUCGUCUGCAAUUUCCGAGGAUGCGCAGGAACGCCUGUCACUUCAUCACAGCUCUACUCUGCGGGCUACACAGAUGACUUGAGGCAAGAAGUCAUGUACAUCCGACACCUCUACCCGCAUGCACCACUACUUGGCAUAGGUUUCAGCCUUGGUGCAAACGUCCUCACGCGCUACCUCGCUCAGGAUGGGGAGCACAGUCGUCUUGUGUCUGGAUGUGCGCUUGCUUGCCCAUGGGACCUCGCAUCGAAUAGCGACGGCCUGGUCUCAACAUUCCUGGGCACCAACGUCUACUCUAAGGGCAUGGCACGCAACCUCCUCCGCCUCGUUGCCCGGCAUCGUGAAGCUCUGAAGAAGGACCCGAACCACCCCGCCGCCCAGCUCGUCGACCAAGUCCUCGCCCUCCGCCACCCCACGCUCGAGGGGUUCGACGAGGUGAUAACCAGCAAGAUCGGCGGCCCGCCCCCCGAAUGGCCCUUCCCCAGCGCGCGCGCCUACUACACGCACUGCUCCUCGCACCACGUCGUCAAGGACAUCCGCGUGCCCUUCCUCGCGAUCAACGCCGCGGACGACCCGGUGGUGACGCGCGUGCCGAUGGACGGGGGGGGGAAUGGGAUGGUUGUGAUGGCGCUGACGCCGUAUGGGGGGCAUCUGGGCUGGUUUGAGGGCGUUGGGGCGCUGCCUGGGCAGACGACGCGGUGGGUAAGGGAGCCGGUACUGGAGUGGAUGAGGAUGUGUGGGGAGGGGGUGGUGCAUGAGAAGCUGACGAGGAAGGAGCGGAGGGUGUACGUGGAUGAGGAGGGGUGGGUGAGGGAGGAAGGGAGCGAGCACCUCGGGUGUAGGAGGAUUGAGGGUGGGGGGAUCAUAGACGGGAGUAAGCAGCAAAACGUUGGGGAGGAGGGUAUGUUGCAGGGACUUUAGACAUUCUUGACAACAAGUAGACCUUGUAAAUACAGAGGUACAUAAUCUAGACUGUAGAUUCGCGCGUUGGCGGCUGCACGUAGAGGUCAAGAAUUCGUAAUGAAUGAAUG